AUUCUAUGUUAUUAAGACGUAGACGUGUUUUUUGUUACCUUUUCGAAUUUUAGUGACAAUGUUUGUUCUAAAAUGAUUAAUUUAAAUUUGUAUUGAAACUGUAAAUAGCCUCAUAGCUUAAUUUUCAUCAGGGGACUUCGUUUGAAAAACUGAUCAAGUUAGGUUUGUUAUUGGGGACUAUGUCGCUCACACUACAACAAGUUAUUUGUAAUGCCUCAAGAUUAGCAAAGAGAUUACAGGAAGAGGAUGAGAUUGCUGAUACUUUGCUGAGUGAAACGAAUCAAAUACAUCAGAAAAUUGAUGCAAUGAAACAGUUUCAGGAAGAUGUAGAGCAUUUAAACGAUGUUGCUAACCAAAAACCACACUCUCAGUUGAUAGCUAACAUACAGAAAGAAAAUAGACUUUUGAAAGAAAUCCAACAGGAAAAUAGGGAGUUACGUGCUGCUUUAGAAGAGUAUCAAACUACCUUAGAACAUAUUAUGUUCAAAUAUAGACAGCACACUGCAGAAAAAAUUUAUAAAACCAGAAUUAACUUUAAAAAUCUUCAGAACAAUGAAUAUCAUAACAUUAUAAGAAAACAAGCUGAAAAAAUACAAGAAAUGGCUGCUGUUAUGCAGAAAGCUGCAGAAUUAGGGGAAGAUAACUGUAAUGCAGAUGUUGAAAAUGCUACAAAGCUCACUACAGAAAAUAAGGUAAUUUUGCAGGGUUUGAGGGAAAUUCUUGGUAUAUCAAACCAAUAUGGUUCAAUAAAGUUAACCAUGGAAGAUAAAAAUAUUCAGACUGAACCAUUAACUUGAGUGAAUAUGUUGAUAAUUUAUGGUGAUUCAAUUACCUAUUACAAACUGGUGAAAAUCAGAUGCUCACUAAGUGUAUUACUAGUUUUAAUUAUUUAUAAUCUUAUAGUUUCUGUAUUUCUUUUGAAUAUAUGAAUUCUGCACAUAAAUAAAGAAUGCCAUUUCAUCUUACGUUUAUAAUAAAAUAAUCUAAUUUGAUGAUAAUUGAUCUUCUGGUACAUUAAAAUUGGCAGAAUUUUUGAAUAAAUUAUUUCGAAGUAAAA